AUGCUUGUUACUCAGACCAUGAAGCAGCUGGUGAAAAGAGCAAAGAGACCCACUGCUAAGGAUAUGCGGCAUGGGAGAGUGCCUUAUGAGCCUAAAAAGACUCCAUCCUUUACAAUUCAGCAGAUGUUGCGUAUGUGUGCAUACUGCUUAAAUACAAUCGAGGUAAUCAUAACUCAAGUUUAAAUCCUCUUGACCCUGCUUGUAAAUGGCUAACAGGCUGCCUCCUGCUAGUUAGGGUUGUUUUUUUUAUUCUGUUAUCUACCAUUUGCAUUACCUGUGUUCUGGUUUAAGGUUGUUUUAAGUGGAAGGAUGCCUAUAACCUACAAUUGGCAACACAAUUGUUAAGACAUUGUACUAACUAAAGAUAGGGUAACUUAAGAGAACAAGAGAGUUCAAAAGCCUCCCCCCUCCCUUCCAUUCAAAGUUGGGGUGUUUGAUGUUUUCUAUAGCUAGUUUGAAUAGCGGCACAACAUUGUAUGGAGGGGAUUGGGGAGGAAAAGCUUUAUUCUCCCUUUUUAAAGUCGGUAAAAAAUCAAAAAGCCCCAUUUAGUUGAAGUGUCGCAACUAAUUUUGUUACCCAUUGUAGCUUGAGUAGCUAAUAAUACACUGCAUUUCCAUGUUAAACAAAACAUGUAUCAUUUUACCGCUGAUAGAUUUUAAAAUGAUGAUGAUAAAUUAAAGACCUGGCAGUGAGCUGACUCAAUUGAAUGUGACAAGGAUCUCUUUCAGCAGAGAGCGAGGUUCAUGUUAUCCCAUUUUUUUCCCUCUUGGAAAAUUCUGUUUUUCAUUUGGUGAGCCAAAGAUCUUACUGAAGAAGAACCACAAUAUAACAAAUGGCAAUUAGGAUGUGUAUUAAAAUAGUUUUCACGUCUAGUUUAAAAGAGUUUUAUAAAGGUUGGUCAUAUUCAUAUAUUUCACUAUUGUUUGAGCAAGGAAUAUUGAGGACUUAUGUAGAGGUUAAAUUAAAAGGUACACUACAGGAGGCAAAAAACGUCUGUUUAAUUUUUUGCCAUUCCGGAAAGUGAUAGCUAGCCAGAAAAAUGUAACAGGAGGGUUUAUUAUGAAAUUAAUUUAAUAAUCAUUUAAUAAUUUAGUUCACCAAUAGUUAGCAAAUACCUGUGUUAUUAAUUCACUGUAGCUAAUAAGCUAAUAAUUUGUCACAAGCUUUUAAAGCCUCUCGAGCCUUAAAUGGAAGGUGUGUUAGAAUCACUCAUCACAAUCUGACUAUGAAGAUCGUUCAGAUUCUGAGAGUGAUCUAAAUGAAGAGGUAGAUUCAUCUUAACCUUCCUCGAAUAUGUUCAAGUUGAUCUUUUAUUUCACGUAUUUUUUGGGUAUUGUAAUGUAUGCUAAUGAAAUUAAAACAAAAGACCAAGUUACCUGAGAUAAAAGAAUUGACUACACCGCUUACAGGUGUACAUUCAGGCUCAUUGUUCACACAGUUCCACAUGUAGAUAAGCUUUGAAAUUAGUAUCGUAACUUGUUAGAGAUAAACAUUUCUGAUAGAAUGAUGAAGGGUUGGCCUCAACUAAAGGACAGAGAGGGAAUCUUAGGGUGUUGGUUAGGACCUGAAUUUUUAGAGGUUGUAUUAAACGGAAAUGUAAUUUCCGAGACACGUGCUUGUUUUUUAUCAAUGGGCCAUUUUACAGUUAUGGAUGGAAGCGAGGCUGAGGGUGACCUUGUUUUGAUACAAACCUUCUUUGCUUUGUUAUGGAAAUUGUUCUUGACAAAUACUAGUUAGCAUAAGAAUAACUUGAUUUACAUAAUAAGGCAGGGAGGUUUGUAUCAAAACAAGGUCACCCUCAGCCUCACUUCCAUCCACAACUGUAAAAUGGCCUAUUGUUUGAAGUGCCACCAAUUCCACGUAUAACUUCCACAAACUAAGCAAUGCAGAAUAUUGUAAUAGCCAUUGUGACGACGACCUCUCGCCAAUCUCCCUCGACAAAGUCUGCUGUCGGAUCUUAAGCUGCUUUUUCUCUCUUACCUUAACCUUAAAUCAUUAAGGUUCAAUUUUUUCAAUUUUUUUUUUCCAGGAUAGUGAGUUCGUAGAGUACUUGGCCAAGCUGAGGGAUGCAGUUAAAGUGACACAGAUCCUGGAAAUUGAUGGCCCAGUGUCAGCUUCGAGAGUGGUCAAACAGUGUGACGAGAUUUUAAAUGAAACAGCUACAAGUAUAAACACAGAUAUCAGAAAUGACCGGCCAACGCAAUUCCGCCCUUUGCCAGGGUCGUAACAUGGUAUAUGGGCUCAGGGAUCAAAGCCCAAAAUAUGACUGGGAUCAGGGCUCAAAGGAAAGGGCUCAGGGCUCAGAAGAAUGGGAUCAGGGAUCACAAGGCUUUUGAGCCCGAAUCAGGGAUCAGAUUUAUUACACGGUCUAAAAAUCUCUUAUCACAAUAUUUUUCCGCUUAAUAAAGUUUGUGUCCAUAGAGUUUCCUGGCCGAGGUAAAAUACCUAUUCUUGCUUCCGGCUGGCGGCAGUUCCUGUCAUACGAAGUCCUGGUAUCAUGGUACCAUAUUCUUAAUUUAUUAAUUGUUGAGGGCACCGUAACAUGAAUCUCAAGUCACUUUUCUCGCUUUGUGUAACGCAACUCCUCAGCGCGCUGUCAACGCCAGAGGGCAGAGAAAGCAAUUUAUACAUAUCUUUUUUUGCGAGAAAUGGGGAAGAAGAAAAAGGGCAAAAAAAAAUCCUGUGACAGAGAAAGGUACGUAAGUACUUCCUUGACUGAUUUACUCCUGGCAAGGGUCCAAGCGUAGAGUUUUUCGGCCGAUCAAACAUAACAAUACCACCAGGACAAUAGACAAACCGAUUCACUGAAAGCGGAAGAUUUACUGUAUAGGUCCAGAUUGCCUCGUCGCCUCAGGCAAGUCACAAGGUGACUAUAAAUCGAGGUUCGUAUUUUUUGACCAGUAACUUAACCCUUAAAAGUACUUAAAUAAUUAGAAUGGACGUCAAAAGUAGAAUACAAAAGUACAAUGAAUUCGCGCUCUUUGUUGCAAAAUAAGUGCUUCUUGCAAUUUAAUAAAUCUGCUCUAAUUGCAUGGAGUUUUAGGGUAAUCUCGAACUCUGAUGAGAAACCGAGAUCGGUUCACCUACCAGUACUAGUAUCGGGCCGGGAAAGUAAAGGACACAUUCCAUCUCUGUAUAACUGAUAAAUGCUAGUAUGAUAAAUAGUCUGAAAUUACAGUGUAGAAUUAGUGAAAAUAAGUGGAACACCAAGACUUACCUCGGUGAAAUAAAAGUAACAAGGCCUCUAUAGUUUAUUUUCUUUAGUUUUUUUUAUAUAAAAUAAACGGUUGAAUUGGUGAAAGGAAUGUUGAAUACUAGGUACAAGUAGCAGAGUCUGCAGGAAUUUAUAUAUUAUAGCACUCAGCAUGAAGGGCCACCAGUAAGGGGCCCACUAUUUGAUUUUUUAACCGAGGAUGGGUUAUUUUUUUCAUGAAAUAUUUUUUCAGUUUUCAUUCGUGCAGUCGCUGUUUUGUUUUGCAUAAAAUUUACAGACUUUUUCGGCCCUUUGGGCUAUUCGGCCUCAGCUUAUGUAAUGGUUGGCCCCGAAAGGUAACACCACCUUAGAUUUGGAGCUAUGGAAUUUUUUAGUGGAGUGAGAACACCCGCUCUGAACGACCACGCAUCGCGGCGGCCCAGCUGCCUUUUACAAUCAAUAGAGAGGCUCUACCAAUCCUCACACAGAGAAAGCUGGGUUCAAAGGCACCGGAAUGGCUUGGAAAGUCGCACAGCAAGAGUAAACCUUAAGGAAGAUAUGGACGAGGAAAUGAGCGCGGAGGGAAAGGAGCGACAAAGGAAGGCAUUGCAGAGCUUUGCGAAAGAAUUCGGAUGGGGUGUAUGACAGUAACGAACGAGAGGGAAGACCAAAGAAAGAGCUGGUACACUUCCACUUGCUCUGAGUAUGUUCAGAAGGAAUGCGUCGUCACAUGGAGAAGUCAAUUUGUUGAAAGAGGUUCAAGGGAGUGAAGGACAAACUACAGUUCAAGACGCAGCCGAAGAAUAUAAGAUUAUCUAUUCAAAAGGCGACGUAGUUGGUCUCAAGUACAAUUACAAGAGGUAUAUCAUUCCUCUCCUCCUUGCAUUUCUUUUAAAAGAUCUCCACCAUAACGGUGACGCAUUCCUGGAAGAUCACAUGGGUUUGAGAUGGCUGGAACCUGAAGUCAGAAGAAGAUCCCUUGUAUACCAGACUGGGCACCGUGACGAUUCAUCUAAGUGUAUCAUCAGGAAAGUUUAAAUAAUAAAAGAUGGAAACAACUUCUGUUUGAGCUGCCUUGAAGAGCAACGCCUAGUUGCAUGCAUUGCUCCAGGGGUCAGUUGAAUCAGAUGAUUCAUCUGCGUCACUGAGGUGGUAACGGAGAGGAAGGAGAGCAAGCUUAGGCGGACAACUUUUCAGACUCAAUUAGAUUUGAACUAAGCUGGAAGGAGUAGGUCUGGAAAACCUACAACCAGAUAUGUCCCCUGACAAUCCUCAAUGGUUAUUAAGCCAGGAAAAUCCAUUAAUGGGCUUGACACAGAAAAGCUGUACAACCUUUGGCUUGCAUCAGUUAAUUUUUCUUGCUAUUGGUAAUUGAUCGUGAUCCUCACUGUAACACACACAGAGUGAAAGAGGAAAUUAACAUAAGAUUACACUCUAACAACAUCAAUAGGGAUAGCAGAAUAGAAAGUCCAGUAGCUUAGUUGCCCUUAAUCAAGAAACACAGCAAUAGGAGAUCCGUACGACAGCAGACCAUUGAGGAAAAAACUCAUGCAAACAACGGAGUAAGAAAUGCACCAAUCUCAGCAGCUAAUAAUCGACCGACCAGAACCAGAGCUUGGAGUCAUAUAAGUUCACGUGUGACCCCUCGACGAAGACUAGCAAGGCAAGGUCUUUAAGUUUUGCUUUUUCUAACACUUGAAGGAGGCAGAUGAAACGUCGCGAUCUACAUCAUUAAGUGACUCAAUCGUGAGACAAACGAUUACACUUUAUUAACAUCAAUAUUGUAGACCAGUAACGCGGCCGACGUGGGCAAGCAGAUGUUCGUACUGGACAGGAAUUGGAAAGCUAGAGGAAGACCUUAGUUCAGAAGUACCUUACAGUGACGUUAAUUCAACCGGGGACCAACCAGCGCUCGCUGUGUUUGCUGUUUGACUGAAAAUGUAUUUAUUCGAAUUUUGAAUCCAAUUCUUUCUUGUGAUUGGCUUUUUGACCUCCGGGUGGCCUAGCUCGUAUGAGCAACACUGAAAAUAAACCUUGUAAAUACUCUUGAUGAACGUUACAUCUGAAAAAAUCAAGUGUCUGCCACAGGAUCUUUCAAGAUGUACGAUACUUAAAGGGAAGUAGACUGCUUUUAAUGUAUAAAUUAAAAAUAACUUACAUUGUGUAUCUUACUAAAGCUCCCGUUCAAGAAAAUCAGGUUUUAUCAUUUGUCUAGUAUCACCAAACAUUAUAUUUAAAGUGUUUUAAACAGAAUAAUGCACAAAAAGAGGUUGACUCAUAUUGAUCUUUAAAGCUCUGAUAGAACCUACAACUUGCACUAAAAAUUAAAGCUAAUUUUUUUCUCAUCAGCCCAUUUGAGCAUGUUUUAUAUUCUGUAUUAUGGAGAUUUUUGUCUCAGUUAAAAUUUUGUGUAAAAACAUGGAUGGGAUCAAUUUUUUAAUCAGGGCUCAGGGGUCAAAAUUUUGGGGAAAAUGGGGCUCAGGGAUCAAAAUAACGGCAGGAAAAUAGGGAUCAAUGGGUCCCGGAUAUACCAUGUUACGACCCUGCUUUGCCAGUCAUCAAUUCCUUGAGGGAAGUGUCCUCACAGAUGCUAGCAUUUCAAGCUUCUCCGGACACUCCUGAUGGAAUAGCAUGCAGUUCAGCACUGAAUGCUGCCCGCCAAAUUUGCUACUGGUCAUCCCUUUUCAUGACAAUGAUGGAUGAACGCAAUGUGGUUUAUCCCAUAACUACAAUGCCUUCAUCAACAUCGGAACCAUCAAUGUCUUCUACAUUGUCCUCCUCAUCUUCUUCCGCAUCAGUGUUAUCUUCUAUGAUACUUCAACAUCAUCCAGUCAUUCUCAUUAUCAAAUGCUCCAACGUCAUCUGUACUACAAGAUCACCUUCCUUAUUCCUCAUCUCAUCAGCAGUCUCCAAGUUCAGUUAUAGAUCAUCAGCCUCCCAUCUCCGUUUCUUUGCAGUUUGAGCAGAAUUCCUUUCCUUGUUCUACAGUUUCCUCCAAUGCUUCCUGCAGUGUCUCCAUCGUACUAUUCAUUAUUACCACCCUUGUCCUCUACAUUAUCUGGACAAUUCCCAACAAUGUAUUCAUUCUGUGGUCAACCUGCUCUUUCCUCAUCCUCCUGUUUGCAAUCUCAGUUUUCUCUUUACCUUCAACCUCUCUCAGUCACCUCUGCGCCCAUACAAGUUACACCAUCAUUUUUCCAACAAGUUUCAUCAUUUUCAAGUGA